AUGGCGCUAAAUGAGACGGAGACAGUUUCUUUAAGGGAAGACAUCCUGCGUUUGAAAGAUAAACUUGCGAGGGACCAGAGUGCCAGACAUUGCAGUGGACAAACUACAGAUCAGGCUAGAGUCAUCAAAGGGACAGAGGUAGAGCCAAAUUUGAGUGAUUCUGUUGAUGGAGUCCAUCGGAUGAGUAUUGUGUCCAAUAGGUUCAACUAUGAUUUGAAAAGGAUCCAACUCUAUAACGAAGACACCGGUGAGUACGAACCAAGCCUAGUGUACAUCAAUAACAGCUUAAGUUCCCAUUUGCAUGACAGAAUUCAGCAGGAGGUAGAUGAGGAAUUUGGAUCAGAAAACGGCGACUACGACCACAUGGUGGAAAAUUCAGACAAUAAUGAAGAUCAUGAAUUUAAUGAUGUGCUCAAGGAGAUAAGGCUGGAUCAAAUCCUAAGACCGAUUUCAAAGCCAUCAGAUGUGGUGGAGAAUAAGGCAAUUAAGAGGAUUUUCCAAGAGCCCUUCUUGGAGAGACUAUCCAACGAAACCAUCAAAAUAAUCGAAAGAGAGCAAGAGCUUGACAAUAUGCUCAACAAAACCAUGGAUAUUUUUCUACAUGACGACGCAGACCAUUAUGCUGCAGAUAAUCUAGGACUUCCUGAUUAUAACCACUUUUUGGACCUUGAUGCAAACCCGCCAAAUGGACAAACUCAUCAAGAAUUACCACAUGGUGAUCCAUUUUUUCAGCUUGCAAAAUACGAUUCAGACCCUGGAUUUGAGGGAAUAGAAAAAGAUGAAAUUGAAGAGACCAGACAGCUUCUCCAGAUUGCAUUACAAAGGAAUGAAGAAUAUGUGAGGUCUUUAUCUGAGAUUCGCUUGGGAUUCUUACGGGCAAAUAACUACAAGGAAGAAGUUUUCAAAUGGUGUAAAGAAAUGUAUGAUAAUGAGAAAAAAGAAAACUCAACUUGA